GCCGCGUGCACGCUCUGGGGUAUCACAUCGGUCCUCCGGCGGAACGUGAGACACGUGAAGCUGUACUACACGGUUUUCCUCCUGAACCUGCUAGUUGCCGUUUGGCUGAUGGUGCCGAUCCUUAGCAUGGAUUGCCACUGCACCAACAACUACUACCAGUGUGAGGCUCUUCAGUCCUUCGCCCUGGACGGAGUCUCUUUGAACAAGGUAUCUCCGCCGAAGGGCCAUCCUGCUCGCAAGGUCCCGUACGCGGAGCCUCCCUCAAACUCUGUCGACCUCUCCUUGGCGGACGCCGGGGUGAAGAACGACUCAGAGUCUUUUGCCAGCUCGUCGUCCACGACCGCGCCAUCGACGACGACUGCGACGGCCACAGAGUCGGCUUCCAAAGAGGACCAGCAGGCCGUGGAUGACGCCAAGAAGCUCGCGGCCGCAGCGCAGCAGCCCGGGGCGACGCCCCCAAAUGGCGCCUUGCUGGGCCUUGGGCAGGGGUUGCUUGCCGCCGAGCCCGGUCAAAACGAGGUGGAGAUGCUCGACGACCUCCUCAGCAGUGGCCACCCUCGGCUGGUAGAGAAGAAGAGGAGACGAUGGAAG